AUGAGGAGCAACAGCAGCCUGAACCCUCUGCACUUUGAGCUGACUCUGUUUGCAGACCUCGGGCCCCUCAGAUAUCUGUUCUUCAGCCUGAGUCUGCUGAUCUACGCGACCAUCGUCUCUGCUAACGCGCUCGUUGUUCUCACGGUGUGUCUGCACAGGUCUCUGCACCAGCCCAUGUAUGUGUUCGUCUGCAGUCUGUCCCUGAACUCUCUGUACGGCUCGGCCGGCUUCUUCCCCAGGUUUCUCGUGGACCUGCUGUCCGACUCGCACCUCAUCUCUCGCUCCUGGUGUUUCCUGCAGAUAUAUGUGAUUUCCACCUCUGUGGCGUAUGAGGUGAUGAUCCUCGGCGUCAUGGCCUACGACAGAUUUGUCGCCAUCUGUCAGCCGUUGCAUUAUCACAGUAAAAUGAGCUUUAAGACGAUGAGACGUCUUUUAUUUUCUGCCGUGCUCUACCCUGCGUGUGCUUUUGGCUUCUGUCUCUAUCUCACGCUUCGAUUGCCUCUUUGUGGAAACAAACUGCACAAACUUUUCUGCUCCAACUGGCCGGUGGUGAAGCUCUCCUGCGUGGACACGACUGUGAACAACCUGAUGGGACAGUUUCUGGCCGUCACCACCACCUUCCUCCCGCUCCUCUUCAUCCUCUACACGUACCUGCGCAUCCUGCUGGUCUGCAGGAGGAGCUCGGCUGAGCUCAGAGGCAAAGCGCUGCAGACCUGCCUGCCUCACAUCGUCACAUUCAUCAACUUCACUCUAUCUAUUUUCUGUGACCUGUCGCUGACUCGAUUCCAGAACGGUAAAAUGAAUCCAAUCAUCGUAGUUGUUUUGUCUCUAGAGUAUCUGAUCAUUCCACCGAUCAACAACCCUCUGGUCUACGGCCUCAAUCUGCCUCAAAUAAAAGAAGCCAUUUUUAGGUUUUUGAAGAGUUCAGCGGCCAAAAUACAAAACUCAACAUGCACAAACAGUAAACAAUAA